AUGGGUACCCCAAUCAAAGCAAGCCUGCUUGCCUUGUUCUUGUUUUUUCUUCUAUCACCUACUGCAUUUUCGGUCUCCAACGGCGGAUUGCUUCGGGUUGGACUUAAAAAGAGGAAGGUGGACCGACUCGACCAACUUCGUGCACAUGGCGUGCAUAUGUUAGGAAACGCUCGAAAAGAUUUUGGCUUCCGCCGUACGCUCAGGGUCUCGGGUAGUGGCAUUGUUGCACUAACGAACGAUAGGGAUACUGCGUAUUAUGGUGAGAUUGGUAUCGGAACUCCACCUCAAAACUUCGCAGUGAUUUUCGACACCGGAAGUUCUGAUCUAUGGGUACCUUCUUCAAAGUGCUACACUUCACUAGCUUGUGUGAUUCACCCAAGGUAUGAGUCGGGCGAUUCAAGUACCUACAAGAGAAAUGGGACAACUGCGAGUAUUCAAUAUGGAACCGGAGCGAUCGUUGGUUUUUAUAGCCAAGACUCUGUCGAAGUGGGUGAUCUUGUUGUUGAACAGCAGGAUUUUAUAGAGACAACCGAAGAGGACGACACGGUGUUCUUGGCAAGGGAUUUUGAUGGUAUACUUGGCCUUGGAUUUCAAGAGAUCUCGGCUGGGAAAGCGGUUCCUGUCUGGUACAACAUGGUUAAUCAAGGACUUGUUGAAGAAGCUGUGUUUUCUUUUUGGCUUAAUCGCAAUGUUGAUGAGGAAGAAGGGGGAGAGCUCGUGUUUGGUGGGGUUGAUCCUAAUCAUUUUAGGGGUAACCACACGUAUGUCCCUGUGACUCGAAAGGGCUAUUGGCAGUUUGAAAUGGGUGACGUUCUUAUUGGAGAUAAAAGUUCCGGAUUUUGUGCCGGUGGUUGUGCAGCAAUUGCAGACUCUGGAACCUCUUUGAUUGCAGGUCCAACGGCUAUUAUUACUCAAAUCAAUCAAGCAAUUGGUGCAAAAGGGGUUUUGAACCAACAAUGCAAAACAUUGGUUAGUCAGUAUGGAAAGAAAAUGAUUCAGAUGCUCACAUCUGAGGUGCAACCCGAUAAAAUUUGUUCUCAUAUGAAGCUCUGCACUUUUGAUGGUGCUCGCCAUGUUAGAUCAAUGAUUGAGAGCGUGGUUGACAAGAACAACGACAAGUCUUCUGGUGACGAGAUUUGUACCUUUUGUGAGAUGGCUCUCGUUUGGAUGCAGAAUGAAAUCAAACGAAACGAGACUGAAGAUAACAUAAUCAACUAUGUCAAUGAGCUGUGUGAUCACUUACCCACUUCAAGUGCAGAAUCGAUAGUAGACUGCAAUGGUAUUUCCUCCAUGCCUAAUAUUGCCUUCACAAUUGGUAGCAAACUUUUUGAGCUCACCCCAGAACAGUACAUCUUCAAAGCGGGUGAGGGAGAAGCAGCAAUAUGCAUCAGUGGAUUCACUGCUCUCGAUAUUAUGUCUCCUCAAGGACCUAUAUGGAUCUUGGGAGAUAUGUUCAUGGGUCCAUACCACACAGUGUUCGAUUAUGGCAAGUUACGAGUGGGAUUUGCAGAAGCAGUUUGA